UGAGAACCUGUUAAGUGUGUCUACCCUCUGGUCUCAAGUCAACCUCUCCUCCUACAAGAAUAUUAACUUUUCCAGAACAGCAAUCAUCAACCCUCUUACUCUUGGUGGAGUUCAUUUGAGCAAUCCAGUACAACAAGCUGCAGAGGAUAAAGUAUUGUACUCUAGUGAUACAGUACACAGGGUUGUGGUUAGAACUGUCGGUGAGGAUCAGUUUAUAGAAGUCUGGGGAGCUGAUAAUCUUAGUACAACUGUGAACCUCAAGGACCUGGAUGCACAUGGGAAAGUGUACGGUGAUGAGGAAUUCGGAAGUCUGGAUUUGAAUCCAGGAUGUACAAGUCUACUUUAUAUUGCGGAGAAGAAAGCUACUAAAACCCUUCCUUUCCUUUUCCAAGGUGUUCUACCAGAGGGGUCUGAACAGGGAACACAAUAUAAAUACAAGGAGGACUGGGGAGAGCAGAUGGAGGGUAAAUGUGAUCCAGUGAUCGCUCUCCUAGAUCUUGGCAAACCAGCAGUUCAGAUUCUUUCUGGUAUACCAGAGGGUUGGAGCCCUGGACUUGUUAGGUUCUGGUGUAAUGGGGUGGUAGGAAUUGUUUACCAGAACACCCCCAGAAAACUAGGAAAGGUGUACUGCAGCAACAGGAUUAGUCAGCUCUUCUACUUGGACUUUCAAGGUAACUUCCGUAUACUGAGGAGUGAGAUGGAUGGUCAAUAUCUCGGUAUAACUGGGUUAACCAUCCAGGGAGAAUCUGGAAGACUGGUCUGGACUGAGAGAACUUUGCUAUCCCAGAGGCUGUUCCCUGGGCCUCAUGAAGCGGCAGUAAGAGUUAUGACUCUUGAUUCAUUAAGUGGAACUCCAAUUGAAGUUUUCAGUGCUGACCAGCCUGUUUAUACAGGUGAAGGAGAAGCUUGUCCUGGUCUGUAUCGUCCCACUAUCCCAAGACGUUGUUGGAUUGAUGCAAACACUUUCUUUCUCAGUAGUCCUGUCGGCCAGACACUCUAUCCCAUGAGAGUGAAUUGUGUGCAGAAAACUGUUGAAGUUCUUUCUGGGGAUUCUAACAAAGGAGUUACUGUGCUAGAUGUGCAUGAAGGAAUAAUCCUUGGAUCUAGAAGUGACCCGGUAACUUCAUCCCAUCUAGUAAUUGCCAAGGUGUCUGAUUCCUCCAUACAGUUUUCUCCUGUUUUCCCUUCAUCUUCAAUUCCGGAGAUUACUUGGAAAUCAUUUAUUAUAAAACCAGAGGAUUCCAGUUUUCCCUUUGCUGCAUUUUUUGUUGGUCCUACCGACAGGAAGGAAGGACCACUUAUUGUUUGGCCUCAUGGAGGUCCUCAUGGAGUCCUCACCACAACAUUUACCAAUACAGCUUUGUUCUUUAACAAGCUUGGGUUUAGUCUUCUAUUUGUCAACUUUAGGGGAUCAACAGGCUUUGGAGAUGAGAAUGUCAGCGGUCUUAUGGGAAAUGUUGGAGAUCAUGAUGUCAAAGACUGUCAUAUGGCAAGAGAUAAAUGCCUGGCUGAGGUAUCGGGACUUGAUGCAAACAAGGUUUUUUUGAUGGGAGGUUCCCACGGUGGGUUCUUAGUAACCCAUCUUGCUGGUCAGUUCCCUGACUCCUACAAAGGAGUGGUGGCUAGAAACCCUGUCACUAAUAUCGCCACAAUGGCGGAGGUAACGGAUAUACCUGACUGGACCUUUAAUGAAGCAGGAUUAGACUACAGCUGGUUACAUGGAAACCCUGCAGUUUAUCAAGAGAUGUGGGUCAGUUCUCCUAUAUCCAACAUAGGCAAAAUUGAAGCUCCAGUAUUUCUGAUGAUCGGUAAGAAUGAUCUUAGAGUGCCUCCAAGCCAAGGCAAACAGUUCUACCAUUCUCUGAAGGCCCUGGGUAAGGAUGUAAGAAUGAAUGUUUACGAUGAUAAUCACCCUCUUGGCAAACCGGUUCAUGAUGCUGAUGUUAUGAUCAAUGCUGCAACAUUUUUUAUGGAGAUACAACAGGCUUAAGUUAUGGAAAUUAUCCCCUGCAGGUGAAGAAUGAAAGCUGGAAAAUAUU